AUGGGAGAUAAUGCUGAGUCAGUAAACCUUCUUGGGAAGGAAUUUAGUUCUAUAAAUAAAUUCGCAGGUAACAUGAGAAGUUUGUUCUUCGAAUUUCUUUAUGUUAUUUUGAAAGACGAUGAAAUGUCUAAAAUAAUUUACGCCCUUAUUAUACUGUUGCAAUAUUUUUAGAUAUAUUAUUAUGCUUUCCAUCCAGUGAUAAACUCUGUUUGGGAUACGAGUGUAGCUAAAGAUAUUGCAUCAGCAUUUGGAUAUCCUGGUAUCCUUCACAUUUAUAGAAAUGGUUCAUACACUGCUUUUCUUAUAGUCUUCUAUAUUGGCAUAAUUGCGAUACUCAUCUUUUAUUUGGGAUUUUUGUACUCUUUUGUUACUUUGAAGAGAUAGAGACCUAUAUCUGGCAUUGUGGUUAGCUCUUUGCGUUUAAUAAUAAAUUUAGUUAUAACAGUUCUCUUCGUUCCGUUUUUAGACUCUUUCUUUAUUGUUAUGAAUUGUGUUAGUGGUACCAAUUCUGUUACGGGUGUGUCCAUCUAAGUUAUUUCACUAUUUCCAGAUAACUAGUGUUGGGUGGGUAUGCAUAUCUUCUAUUUCUCAGCAGGUAUUUUCUGUGCUGUGCUGAUCCUUAUGAUGAAUUACUUCUUAUCUUUACUCUAUUUUGAUGGCAUUCAUAAUGACAAUAAAGUCAACUCAAGAAGAAAUAACCGUGGUAUAUUGUCUCUGUUUAUUUACUAAACAGUUCUAGUCAUUUGCUAUAACUUCUUGAGUGAUAGCAGCUAUAGGGGUGUUUUAAUUUUCAUAUACUUAGCUGGUUCAAUAUUUACUUUCUAUAUGCUCCACAUGAAUUCCCCUUUCAAUGAGCCUAUUAUAGCAAAGGUUUGGUCUUUCCUUUCUGCUGUUAAUGUAUGGACUGCAAUUAUGCUUACUAUGGCAUAGUUAACAGAAAACAUUAUCUUCCAUGGUAUAGUGUAUGCUUGGGCUAUUGGCUUACCACUUUUGUGGUUUAUUGUAUUUUGGAGUCCUACUGAUAAAAAUAAGAGUGAAGCAUCAGUAAAUGUAAAUGUGAAUAAAUUUUAAGAUGCUUAGGAAGUCAUAGAUCAUGCAAUUUAUGUCCAAAAAUUAAUUCAGAAUGAUAUGAAAAAAACAAAAUCUGGUUAAUUAUUAAACGGUUACAUAGAAUUCCAUAAUAAGACUUGUUUGGUUGCUAACUGCCCACUUAAAAGAGUCAAAUUUACGAAUAGCGUUUGGAAAAAAGCGAAAAAAAAUGAAUAAAAAGGACCUAAUAAUAAUAAUGGUUCUAAAUAAGAUAAGCGCUACUAGUUUUGUCAUGAAAUGAUAAGCAAAUUGUUCGAAACUGGUAUUUCCAAAUUCCCUACUAAUAUUCCUAUUAGAAUUUAUUACUCUGUUUUCUUGAUGAAAGUUAUUAAGUCAAAGCAGCAUGCCCUAAAUGAAGUCUUAGAUGCUGAAAACUUCAAAUGUUCCUUAGACGAAAGAUUCGUUUUAUACUUUAUAAGACGCUCAAUAGAAAGAGAAAUUUCAGAAAUAAGCAAUUAGGAAGGAGAAGAUUAUGGAGAAUAAAGGAAUCUUGAAGGAAAAAUAAAUCAUUUCAGAGCCGCUAUGGAACAAACUGUUACUUUAUUGAUGGAAUUUUGGAGUUAAUUUUCUGAUGAUAAACCAGAUCUUAUAAAACUUUAUGAUAUUGGUUCAAAAUUAUUCCCGCUAAAGCUGCUGGUAGAUGAUAUGUGGAAAAAAAUUAGUAGAGGAAAGGGAGAAUAGAUACCUAAAGUGUUUAGAAUAUACUCUAAGUAUUUGAUUGAUAUUUUUAAUGAUAAGCAAGGUGGAGUAGAGCUUCUUGAAAAAGCCUCUAAAAUGGAAACCAAUUUCAAUAAUAGAAAGGAAUUCCACUUCAAUUACUCUUCAGAAGUAAACAUAGAUGGCCAAGAAGAUGGUAUCAUUUUUAUGACUAUGGAAGAAGAAAAAUUAGGUUAAAUUAUGGCUUGUAAUUUAACUGUCGCAUGCCUUUUUGGUUAUUCCAAGACAGAACUUAUCAAUAGAAAUGUAAAUAUGCUCUAGCCUUACCUAUAUUCUAAGAACCAUGAUGACAUAUUGAAACAUUAUCUUGAAAAUGGGGAUAAAGCUCAAUAAGGUAAAGAUAAAAACCUUCACAUUUAUGGAAAGAAUAAAUCAUAGUAUAUAUUUGCAAUAAACUUGAAUAUUAAACCUGUCUAUCAUGCAUUAAAGGAUGGAAAUGAGUUUUUUGGUGUUUUUAAGAAAGAAAAAAUGAUUAAAAAUUUGGCUUUUGUCCAUAUCAAUGAAAAAGGAAUUAUCAAAGAUAUUUCAGCAUCUUGCAUCAAUAUCCUGGGUAUAGACAUGAAAACUAUAAGUUUAGAAUAAAUUAACAUAAAUAAAUUAUUCGAAGAUCUUGAUGAGAGAAGAGAUGAGUAUAUGAGUAAGUAAGGAAAGUAGACUGAAUAUAUCUUCCCCAAGAUUAAUGAAGAUACUGUCAUUUUUCGUAAGAGUGAUAAAGUUACCAAAGUGAACAUUCAAAUGACUGAAGUUCGUUUCAAAUGUAAAGGUGAAGAAUUAGUUGGAAAAAUUCUUAAAAUCGAAUAACUUCAAGAUAAAGUCCAAAAAAGCACUACAAGACAAAAAGCUUAACAAGCUAUAGCAGCUGGAGGUAGCUAGAUUAAAAAAAAUCCUAAUGAAUCUUUACUUGGUAACGAUUUAAGACCUUAAGGUGGUAGCAAUAUUACUAUGGGAGUUUUCCAAUUCAAAUUAUGCAUAUAAGAUGACUAAGAAAUUAUAUAUAAUGGAGAAUUCUAUGAGGGUGCUACAUAUUCCGAAAUGGGAAUCAAUUAAACAUACGUUCAUGACUAAAGUGAUUUGGGUAUUAACGACAGUAAGCUUAGAGAUGACUUAAAUCAAUCUACAGUCAACAAUGCAAAUGUUAUUGUUAUGAAGAGUAAUAAAGUUUAAAGUGAACAAAAAAGUAACAAUAUUGAUCUUUAGCAAAUAGAAGUACAACAAAAGAAUUAUGCUGAUGGUAUUCGUACAAUGAGAUUGGUUAACAACGAUUUGCAUGAUAUUGAUAAAUUCAAGGAAGACGAUUCUGAGGAAGAAGAGGAAGAAAAAGAUGAGGACGAAUCAUAAGCAAGGGGAGAAAAGAAGAAACACUAAAAGUUAAAUGCUGAUGAAGAUGGCUCAGACUACGAAACAAGCGGAUUAAAUUCAGCAAAAGAAUUAAAUGAAGAGUUAGAUAAAUAAUCAGAGUCAGCUGCUGUUGUUUCUCUGAAAUACUUUUCAGUCUUUGUCAUUUUAGUCAUGAUAAUGAUUGCAAGUAUCGAUUUUGCAAUGAAACGUGUAAGUAUAAAUGAUGAAAGAAAUGGAUUAUAAAAUAUAGUUUUAUCUUCCAAUCGUAUAGGUGAUAUCUAACAAAUCAUAACACUUACUCGUGAAAUCAGUUUGUUAGGAAAUGGUAAAGAUAUAGCUACAGGUGCUCCAGUAAUUCGUAUACCACAAUAUUCAGCUGAUUCUAACACUCCUGCCUCAUGGACUUCAGAUAGAACAUAUUUAUUAAAUAAACUUUCCUUGGCUAUCACAGAAUUAGAAGAUUUAAAUAUAAAAUUGUAAUCAAGAGGAGAUAGUCUAAGUACUUAAAUGUUAUUUACCAUAAGUAGCUCUAAUCAGACAUUUGAUCUGAAUGCUGCCUCUUAAUAAAUGAUUUCUAAGUCCCAUAACUUAUAGCAAAAAACCUUUUAGAAUAUAGUGGAUAAUAUUAGUGUUGAUACUGAUGCAUUCUUUGUUGUGUACAAUGGUCUUAAUGAUUACACUGUAGUUUUAUUAAAAGAUUAUAAUGCUUAAAAUGUAGAUGUUGUGAAUAAAAUUGAUACUUUGGAAAGCAACUCUCAGAUAUUCUUAAUUACUUCUGUAUCAGUUAUGGUUUUCUUUUCUCUUGUAUUGAGUGUUUUACUUGGAAAGACUAUUUAUGCUAAGUAAUUAAUUCUUACAGUCUUCUUAGAUAUACCUGAAAAGACCGCUAAAUACCUUUAUUCAAAGUGUGAGAAUUUCCUUGCAUAGUUGGGUUCAGGUGAUGAAGAUGAUGUUCAUAGUGAAGUUGAGUUCUUCAUUGAUGAUAGAGAUGAAGGGUCUGAAGCAAGAAGCUCAUUAUUUGGCAAAAAGAGAAAGAAAUUCAAAAAUGCAGAUAGAGGAAAUGUUGGCUUUUUACUAAAGAUGCUAAUCAUUACAAUAGGUGUAGAAGCUUAUUUCUUUAUUAAUUUCUUUGUAGGAAGAUCACAAACUAGUGUUAUGUCAGGUUUACUUACAGAAUUUAACUUUACAACAAUAGCUGAGAGUUACUAUUCAUUGACACUUAACGCAGAGAGACAAAUGUUUUUAACAGACAUCUGGCCAGCUUUGAAUAAAAAUAGUGUUUAAAACAUUGUAGAUAUGAUUAACACAGUUUACACAGUAGACUCAACUAUUCACGAAGAACACGCACGUAACACUAAUUAUCAUGAUAACUCUGCAGAUUAUUUGACUGCCUUCGAAAAUGUUAUGUUCUAGAAUGCUUGUACAAUUGUUAGUAAUCGUUAAGCAGAUAGUUUAGCUACUUGCAAUGCAUUUGGUAGUGGUGUUGUACAACAAGGUAUGAUUACAGUAAUCAUUAGAUACUUCUAAUUAAUAAGAUACUUUAAGGAUAGAUAUGAUUGGAUUCAAGCAAAUCCAACCUAAGAUUUUGCUUGGUCUUAAUUUGCAAAUUUUGUUGCUGGAAAAUAUGAUAAUUCUACUGAUAGAAGGAAAAAUAACUUAAUUAACUUGUUAAGGCUUCCAGAAUCAUAUGAAUUACUUGGGUAUGAAAUCAUUUACAUUAGAGAAACUUUGAGAUAUUUAUAGAGUGUAUUUUUAAGUGAAAUGAAUUUGCUAUUUGAUAACUAUAAUGUACAGAGAAUAUUACUUUUCGUUCUCUUUAUUAUAUUGCUAUUAGUUGCAGCUUUCCUCUGCUGGACUCCAUUCCUAGCUUAAUUAAAUAAAGAAAUAUGGUCCACAAAGUGCUUGCUAUCUUUCAUUCCUGUUGAUGAAAUGACAAAAAUAAAAAGUAUUGCUGGAUUUAUAAGAGAAUAUAUUCUUGAUAGGAAGAUUUGA